UGAAGACAGACGACAGACGACAGGAGCUACCGCCGCGGUAGGGCACGCCCUCUGCCUGCACUGCACCCGCCUGCUGCCAUUCUCUCCGAUGAUGAGGCCCUCUGAGUCCAACUCGUCGCUGGGGUCGGACGCCUCGGGCGUGGGCAACGCCGAGUUUGACCCGAUCCAGAUCACGGACGCCGGGGGCACCACCGGCCAGGUCACCGUGCAGAAGCAGCGCGCCAGCUGGGACAACAAGCUGCAGUUCAUGCUCUCCGUCAUUGGAUACGCCGUCGGUCUCGGCAAUGUCUGGCGCUUCCCCUACCUCUGUCAGCAGAACGGUGGAGGUGCGUUCCUGAUCCCGUACUUCGUGAUGCUGCUGGUGGAGGGCAUCCCGCUGUUCUACAUGGAGCUGGCCAUCGGACAGCGGCUCCGGAAGGGCUCGCUCGGGGUGUGGAACUCCAUACACCCGCUGAUCGGUGGGAUUGGUCUCUCGUCUACGGUCGUGUCCUUCCUUGUCGGCCUAUACUACAACGUGAUCAUCAGCUGGUGCUUCUACUAUCUCUUCAACUCGUUCACCGCCAAGCUGCCGUGGUCCAGCUGCCCUCAGGACGGCCCGAACGGCACGGUGAACCUCGAGUGCGCCCAGUCCUCGGAGACCGCCUUCUUCUGGUACCGAAACACGCUGGACGCGUCGCCCGCCAUCGAGCAGCCGCAGGGCAUCAAGUGGUGGAUGGCCCUCUGCCUGCUGCUGGCCUGGACGGUCGUCUACAUCUGCAUCCGCAAGGGCAUCAAGUCGUCCGGCAAGGUGGUUUACUUCACAGCGACGUUCCCGUACCUGAUGCUGACCAUUUUCUUCUUCCGGGCCGUAACGUUGGAGGGAGCCGGCGUCGGACUGAAGCACAUGCUCUACCCGAAGCUGGACCGUCUGAAGGACCCUACCGUGUGGAUGGACGCCGCCACCCAGAUCUUCUACUCGCUGGGCCUCGGCUUCGGCUCGCUGAUCGCCUACGCCUCGUACAACCCGCCGAAGAACAACUGUCGCAAGGACGCGCUCGUCGUGUCCAUCACCAACUGCACGACGUCCGUCUUCGCCUCCAUCGUCAUCUUCUCCGUGCUCGGUUUCAAGGCCGUCGUCAACCACGAGAAGUGCAUUCAUCUGCACGAGCUGGCCCACAACCUCUCAGAGGUAAUUCCUCAGCACAACUGCAGCCUCGAGAACCAGCUGAACCAGGCGGCCGAGGGCACGGGGCUGGCGUUUAUCGUCUUCACCCAAGCCAUCGUGGAGCUGCCGGGAGCGCCGUUCUGGGCCAUCUGCUUCUUCCUCAUGCUCAUCUCCCUGGGCCUCGGCUCCCAGUUCGGAACUAUGGAAGGCGUCAUCACCACCGUGUUCGACAUCAAGCUCUUCAGGAACAUCUCCAAGUCGGUGCUGAGCGGUGUCAUCUGCGUGACCUGCUUUCUGAUCGGGCUCAUCUUCACCACUGGAGCCGGCGAGUACUGGCUUAAGCUGUUCGACUCGUUUGCCGGCACCAUGGGUCUGGUCUUUAUCGCCCUCAUGGAGAUGCUAGCUGUCUGUUACGUCUACGGCUACAAAAAGUUUGCGCUUGACAUUGAGGAGAUGACGGGCGAGAGGCCGGGCCUGUUCUGGAAGCUCUGCUGGAACUACAUCUCUCCCCUGGUCAUGGCCACCGUCCUGGUAGCUUCAGUCGUCUUCCGGUUCAUGAACCGACCCACCUACCCAGCCUGGGACCGCCAUCUGGGGGAGACCGUGACGCGGGAGUACCCGGACUUCGCGCUCGCUGUUGCUGCCCUGCUGGCCAUUGCCGGCAUCCUGCCGCCCUUCGUCGUCCUCUUCGUGCGCAAGUGCCAGGGCAAGCUGCUGACGACGGACGACGAGGUGUCUGAAGCGGAGCUGCGUCGGGUCGGCACCGCCUCCUCCACCCUCCCGAUGAUCGCGCGGGAGUCCAAGAUGCACUGCGACAACGACCUGGAGACGAUCGAGGAGUCUGGCUACAGCAAUCUGAACACUGUGACCUCCGUGUCGCAGCUCGAACUCACUCAGCCUUUGAGGGCCAAAUUCCACUUUGAACUGGCCGACGACUGACAGCUGCUGCCAAAGCAGCAGGCCAACUAGCGCAGAGCUCGUAGUCCUAUUUUCCCCCGGAGGGCCGCGGCGCCGGAAGCACACGCCACACGCGCGGGUGUCGCUGCGGUGGACUCGCUGGCGACCUGUUCCGGUUGUAGGUGCGUUCUGUUCUCGUACUGGUGCGUGAGCUGUGAUAGAACUGUGUGUACUGUGCAUGUACCCGAUGCUCUGUGGCGGCACGGUCGCUGAUUCUAGUCAGCGGUUGUGAUAUCUGUGGGCUGGGCAUCUACGGAAGCACCCGCCGGCAUUCUUCGGGAAAUCUCCGCAAGCUCAUGUCAUGAGAAUUGUUUGUUUCCCGCUUCUAUUGUUCGUUUAAACGUACAGCUGCUCGAGUGGUACGCGAGUCAACCGGCUAGAAAGAUGACCAGGAGCUUAAGCAUUGCUUAUCAGUCAGUUAGACCCAAAAAUGAUAUCUUGCUCGCGUUCGAAAAACUUCGCAAAACCUGAAGAUCUGGGUGUCUUCAUCACAUCUGAUGAUCUGUCUUCAUUACAUUCUUUUAUUUUACGAACGUGCUUCUAAUAUUAAUUUGGAAAUGGCGUACCAAGCAUUUCCACCCUGACAUGCCUCAGGUCGUUCCGAUUAAAGGCUUUGGGGUGGUAUUAGAAACUGAACACUGUCAGGGCCCGUCGAUGCAAAAGGGAGCUUCCUCGAUGAGUCUACACGUUUUUAUAUUCAUUUGGUACCACUGACAAAACUUGUCUUGUUUGUAGGAUAUUCAACAUUUAAAUGGCGUUUAUCUUUCAAGCACCAUCGGAAUCUUCUUUGUCAGUCCAUGAUCAGUACCCAAACAAAAUGACAGCAGUAUGACUCUUUGCUGAGUGAGAAGAUAUUGAUAGCAAUAUGAGUUUGCUCGUUUACGUCCCGUUUUGUGUUUGUUGGUUGGGCACGUAUUAAACCCCAUGAGAAACAGUCCUCGUCGAAAUGUAGGCUCUACUAAGUGCUCGGAGCUUUUGUAUCCUGAAUUUUCUAUGUGGUACAUGGGCGAAUGGUGUUAAAUAUAGUGACUUCCAUUUCGUCGUAGAGCUAGAUAUAUGUUUUGCAACAUGCCCUCGCUGGUCUCGUUAAGAGCAAGCCCGCCCCUGUGGCCUAGAGCCACCGCUUUGGUAUGGCUGUGUGCAUGACUGGUCACAACUCACAUCCUUCGCGGAUAAGAACAUGAAAUUCUGAGAGCAGCUGAAACCAAGGAGUUUCUGAGUGUGAAAUCAAGGAGUUUCCUUAGCUAAGCUUGUUAUGACGUAUAUUACUUGGACGUUUGUCGUCUGUACGUCUGAAAGUUUUUAAUUCUAGAAUCACGUCAUGGUGCAUGUAAAGUGCAUAGGUUAGGUACAUUGCAUGAACGUAUAUUAAUUCAUGGCCCAAGUGAUCAGCAUGUUCAGUCGUGUGAGCAUUUUUAAAAUGCGUUCAGAGCUUUGUUGAUCAUGUUGUACUAUUUAUAUGAAUAUUCUCCUUUUUGUUGUUGAUUUUUAAGGCGCGUAGCUGCUUAACAAGUGGUGGGUUCUUUACUGCGCACCGACAUUUAUGUGACCAACCUCUGUGGUAGUUUAUCUUUGUAGUAUAUUUUGAAAUGCUUGUUGUCAAAAGUAUUAUACUGCAGGACGUUUCAUCCACGCAACUGGUAGUAUGCUUCCCGAUUUUUUCCUGGCUGUCCGCGUCAUAGCAUUUAGGCACUAGCAAGCUGCUGAAAUUAUUUCGUAAUUUUAGGCCAAGAGAUGUCAAUACCAGUUGUGGUGAUCGCGUGAUCUCAACAAAUGCAUUGCAGAGAUGGUCUUCGUAAAUAUUUGCUGGCGCCAGCUAAACCAAAAAUGACGUGUGCAACUACCAACCACGAUGGCGAAAGACAUGGCGUGAGGAUCCCGCACUACUGGUCCGUAUUAUUGCUUCCAAACAGCCUGACAACAUUUGGUUUUUUAAAGCAACGUGUAAACCGCAAAUAUAUUUUGGCCACCACAUUCACCGGGCUCAAUGUGCAAUGCGCGCACAAUGCGUAUGUGCACAGAAAGCCGUCAAGUUUUAAGAGUGCUGGAGCGUAUUUCACCUCCAGAAGCUUGUUUCGUUUGAGCGUAGCUACUGCGUAGUGAGUACUCGUGUGCCCUGUGAAAACACAUUGGCUUGAUGCAGCUGACACCAGUAAACGAAGCCCCUGGUAGUUUUGGUGCCCGCGCCGCCGAUGCGACUAAAACCCACACGCCGCGUUCCCUGUUCGCGAGCUGUAUCGGACUAAAUGUUUUGUAGAAAUGUGUCUGACAACGUACAGAUGAUUUUGACAAAUGUGACGCCAAUACA